GUAUGCUAACUUUUGAUGAAAGGUGAUGAGUAAAGCAGACGAUGGAGCUAGAGAAUAUAGUUGCCAACACCGUAUAUCUGAAGGCCAGAGAAGCUGCCGACGGUGAUGGUAAACGGAAAGGCAGGAGUAGAAAAUGGAAGUCGUUAAUGAAAUUUUCGGAAGCUGCGGAAGUUCAGAUAUUCAAGAAAGAGUUCCCAGAACUGAAUUACGACGAAGUGGUAUCGAAGUCCCCAAUUGGCAGGCUCCUCUUUACGGAUUACUGUAAUGAAACCGAAGAACUGCGAUGUUGCAACAAAUUCCUUAACGAUGUGAACUUGUUGGAAACCGAAAGAGACUUAUCAGCCGUGGAUGAUAACUACGAAAAGUUAGCUCCAGAGGAACAGCGACUGAACCUUGCCCAGAAGAUUUACCAGCAAUGUCUUUGCGACGAGAUAGGAAUCACGUACAGUGUCCAGGAUUCCUAUGAUUCAGCUGAGGAUGUUGUCUACAAGGCAGAGAGCAGGUUACCAGAUCACCUGAUCGACCAUGAGAAAGUUAAGGAGGUGGAGGAUAAACUGUUGGGGGAGAGUCCGCGAUAUAUCUACUCUCAAAUAGCUAGCACGGUCAGGGAUUACCUGAGCGGAGACCCAUUCGCCAAGUAUGUGGAAAGUAAAUACUUCACACGACAACUGCAAUGGAAACAGCUCGAAAAGAAACCGAUAGGUAAGCAUACCUUCAGACACUAUCGAGUCCUAGGAAAAGGAGGAUUUGGUGAAGUGUGUGCUACACAGUCACGGGCUAGCGGUAAAAUGUACGCAGAAAAGAAACUUAACAAAAAACGAAUUAAAAAGAAGAAAGGUGAAAUGAUGGCAUUAAACGAAAAAGAAUUACUCGAGAAAGUUAACAGUAUAUUUGUGGUAAGCCUAGCAUAUGCGUACGAAACUAAAGAAAAUCUUUGCAUGGUAUUAACGCUCAUGAACGGCGGGGACCUGAAGUUUCACAUUCACAGUAUGGGAGCUUUUACUGAGGACCGUGCCCGAUUCUACACUGCAGAAAUCUUAUGCGGAAUCCAGCACCUUCACCAAUGUAACAUCGUUUACCGUGAUCUUAAACCGGAGAAUAUCUUGUUGGACGAUGCUGGACACGUGCGAAUAUCAGAUCUGGGUCUAGCAAUACACGUGCCUGAUCGCCAGGUGGUAAAGGGACGAGUCGGUACCGUAGGGUAUAUGGCCCCAGAAGUUAUCAAGAACGAGAGGUAUUCUUACAGUGUAGACUGGUGGGGUUUAGGUUGCAUUAUUUUCGAGAUGAUCGAAGGCCAAGCCCCCUUCAGGAGCCGAAAAGAGAGGGUCAAGCGAGAGGAAGUUGAGAAACGGAUUCUGGAUGGAAAAUAUACGUUUUCAGAUAAAUUUAGUGAAGAUUCUAAGGAGAUUGUCAGACAAUUCUUAGAAUUAACGCCCGCCACCAGAUUGGGAGUGAGAGGUGACAAAUGGACAACUGCUAAACAACACAAAUUCUUCGAAAAGAUCGAUUGGAUUUUCCUUGAAGCGGGAAGUGCCACGCCUGAUUUCGUCCCCGACCCACACGCCGUUUACGCUAAAGAUGUCUUGGACAUUGAACAAUUUAGUACUGUCAAAGGUAUUGUGCUGGAUGAAGCGGACGAAGAGUUUUAUAGAAAGUUUGCUACGGGAUCCGUGGCGAUACCUUGGCAGGACGAAAUAAUUGAAGUGGGAGUAUUUAAAGAAAUAAACGUAUACUAUGAAAACGACGAGCUAGUGUCACCGAAAGAGGAGAACUCAAAAAAGUCACUCCUGGACAAAAUUCCACUUUUCAGGAAGAAGAAAACGAGCGCGGUGGAGGACAGCAGCAGUUCCAGCAGCGGCAGCGGGGGUGCCUGCUGCUGCUGUUCGUGAAAACAAAGUUCACCCCAACAACCGUAGAUGAGAGAAUCUAACCAACGCCCCCAAACAGCAAUUCAGAAUCAUGAGCUUUUGGAGUAGGAGGCAACAGGCAGCGGCCCACGGUGGAUGAUCCGGGCAAGAUGAGGCGGCGCUCGGCAAAUUCCCGGACACGUCGCCAUCAAUUAUAGUGAUAUUUCUCACGAUUGCGAUACUUCUCUUACGAGUUUUAUUUGAGUUAUUUGUUUUAAAUCUUAAAGGAAGGUUUAGUUUUAACUGCACGACUGACACAUUUCCUGCAUUAUCAAAGGCAGCUAGACAGUUUCUAUUAUAAAGCGGUCCAUUUCACAGAAAAAAGCAACAACGGACCGAUCUGCCGAAUGACACCGGAAGAAGGUGUACUUUAAGUUAAACCACGAUGUAAAUAGACAGUAUUGAACUGAAAAAUGUUCAAUUUUGGAUUUAUGUGUCAAUUUUGGGUGUUCUCUGUUCUAUGAUAAUUUCAAUACAAAGGGUCAUGGUGGAUAUUUAAUAUGUGCAUUUAAUACAGUCCCUUGAAGAUCAAAAGUGAAUUCUGUACUUGAUCUAUAUUUAUAGCUUAUAUAUUUUAACGAGUUAGUAGGGCUUGAUGAAUUUAGUUUAACAAUUUAAUUCAACUUAAGAGAAUGAUAUUUUUGUUAGCUUGUAACAAACUACGUCCUGUUAUUAUUAUAGUUUUUAUAGAAUACGGGUACUCGCGCCGCGAUCUGUUAACGUUUCUGUGGUAGAAUAUUAACUAGGUUUGGUUUUAACGAAGUGUUCUGUGUUGGUGUUGGAGUCGGAGGAAUUGUUUCAUUGCGAUGAGAUUUUGUGCAUUCCAAGUGACAUCCCAAUGCAGUAUGAUGUUGAAUUCGCUGCAUUUAUACUUAUAGUAUAGGGUGCCUCUGAUAACAACUUGCUGCUCCUUCACCAAAUUUACUGUUAUUUUGUUGCGUACAUGAGUUACACUUGAACCAAGUUUCAAUUGGUUUAAGGGUAUAAUUUGUUGGUUUUGGUUGGGUAACAGGUUGAAGCCCGUCGAGUAACCUUAAAAAUGUUUUAUAUGCACUAAUUUCCUGGCAAAAAAUGCGAUUGAAAGUUAAUUAAAAUAUGUCGACUGUACUCCUAUCUUAAUGGCACGUAAUUUGACAGGAAAUAAAAAGGAAAAGCUGUGCUUCAAUCUGCGCAACCCAGAUCACUCUUCAACUAAGGACAUGUAAAUACAGCGUAUAUAUAAAUUUCCACUUGUAAAAUAUAUAAUAUGACUCGAUUGUCGUUGUUCGAAUCAAUUUUUCUUUACCCUAAAUAUCAAUCAAUCUUGAGAUUAGAUAGUCGCAGCCGGAUACCUUAAUUUUUGUUUGUAACAUUUAGGCAACUUUUUGUCCUCGCAUCCCAAGUUAUCAAGAA